CGGUGAACUCUGAACCGGAAACAGAGGGACCGCUAUGUGCCUGAACGAAAAGCCCACUGAGCCUGCUGUUAGCUGUUAGCUGUCUCAUCAGGAUGCUAACACACUAGUUAGCCCAGAGAAACUGCGUCCGUGUGACAUGUAUGCUUUGACAACAUUGAAGACAACAGGUGCCUGUUCCAGUGUCUCUGUAGCUGCAGGGAAAGUGAAGCUCUGACAGUUUUCAAGCUGCUAUUCUGACCACUGCCCUCCUCAAUGAGGUACAGAGGAGCUCAGAUCUGUCUUCGGGCUCAUGGACCGUGCUGUCUGACCCGCCUCUCCCUGGUUGGACCUCUGCCCGGCAGAAUCGCUCUGGUCCGAACCUACAGCGCCCACCAUCAGCCCGGCGCCCCCCCACCCACUAACCCCACCCCUCCUGAUGGGAAGGGCGGAGCCGACGUGGUGAAGGAGCGAGCCCUGGCUGCCUUACAGCAUGCAGGUGAGCUUGGGCGGCAGUGGGGUCAGAGGUCGGCUCAGACGACCACCGCCACAGUCAACUACUGGUGGGCGAGGUACGAGGAGUUUGUCGGGCUCAACGAGGUCCGCGUGGCCCAGACCAAGGUCACUGAGGCCGAGGCAGCGUUCAUGGUGGCCAGAGGGAUGGUGCGCGAGGCUCACAUCAGCCUGGAGGCCCUCCAGGUCCGGCUGAAGGAGGUCAGAGACCGGCUGGACAGAGUCUCCAGGGAGGAGGCUCACUACCUGGAGCUGGCCACGAUGGAGCACAAACUGCUGCAGGAGGAGCGUCGUCUCCGGACAACGUAUGAGAACUCCGAGGGUUCGGAGAGGGAGAAGUUCGCCUUGUUUCAGCGGGCGUCAGGGAGAGCCACGAGAAAGAGCGGUACGAGAGCAGAACGCACCAAGAACUGGUCCGUCAUCGGCUCGGUGCUCGGAGCCCUGAUCGGGGUCAUGGGAUCGACGUACAUCAACCGCGUCCGGCUGCAGGAGCUGAAGACUCUCCUGCUGGAGGCCCAGAAAGGUCCAGAGAGCCUGCAGGAAGCCCUCAGAGUCCAGGCUGGAAACCAUCACUCCCAGCAGGGCGAGCUCCGGACGCUCAUCGACAACCUCCGGCUCGCUCUGAAUGACGCCUUCACACAGAGGGACCUCGUGCUUCAGGACAAGAGAGCUCCGACCCCAAACUCACCCACGGUGCCUCUUUCAGCCUUAAAAGACCUCCAGACCGGCAGCCAAAAGGCAGAGUCCCUUCUGGAGUCCCUCCGGCCACUGCUGGGACAACUGGAGCAAGGACUCGGUAGAGUAGAGGGAGAAAUGAUGGAGGUGAGGAGGCUGCUGGAGACCAGACCACAGGCUGAAACACAGGCUGCUCAGCCCCAGUUAGCAACACCGGUGAGUCCAGAGAGACCAGUGGUCCAGAGAGAGAGAAACCAGUGGGAGCCAGAGGUGAUGGUGAGGCAUCUGGAGGAGACCCAGAGGACACUGGGAGAACGAAUCAGGACAAACACUCUUUAUAACGCCGUGUUUACCUACACCGCCACCGCCAUCACCAUCUCUGCUGUCUACCUGCUGCUCAGAGGAGCUGCUUAGACGUGAUGCCUGAAUCUGUUCACAUGCACUGAACCACCGUCAGUCACUGGGAGUAAAUAUCUAAAUAAAUUAUGUUAGAAUAAAAAUGUU